AUGAACCGCCUCCAGCAAGCCGUCGCAGACUACCGCCGCGCCGUUACCGAGAUGCAAACCCUCAAGCUCCGCUCGAAUAUGGAACACAGCAUCCGCGAGACGCGCCUCCAGCAGCUCGAGGACCGCGCCGACGCCGCCCUCGACGAGGCGCACGCCAUGCUCGAGCUGGCCGACAUGCAGUACGCCGACUUCCUCGCCGCCAAGAAGCGCUGCGACGACGUGCGCCAGAAAUACACCUCCGAGCGCCGCGAGCUCAUGACCACGCACCUCGAGAUCGGCCACAUCCGCGACGUCCUCCUGGAGCAGCGCGAGGCGGUAGCCAGGGAGGCGAGGGAGCUCCAGGAGGCGCGCAAGGUGGCUGCUGAUAGCGCUGAGCAGCUUGAGGCCUGCUUGGUGAGGGAGAAGGAGCGGCUGGAUAAGUUGAGAGUGAAGGUUGAGGCAAAGGAGAAAGCUGUCUUGCGCAAGGAGGAGAAGAUUGCUGAGGAGAAGGGAAAGGUUGAGGAGGCGAAGAAGGAGGCGGCCAAGGGAGGAGUUUGGGGAUACGUGAUUGCUAUCAGUGAGCGCCGCAGCAUUUGA